AUGGUAAUUGUCUCCCCUUUUCAGGAGCAGGCGUCACAUGACGAGAAACGUCUACACGCACCAGCUAAUCAUCUGCAAAUAAGAACUAAUUCUAACAAGACCAAUUUGAUAGACAUGGAGGAAAAUAAGAUAAUUUGUUUGGAACCAAACAUCUGUAAAGAAGACCCAACCCAUGAAGUUUAUAAAUACAUCAGGACUGAUUCUUUUAACAGAAUGCUGCAAGGGCGCAUAGACGUGACUCAUAACAUCACCCAUGAUACCAACGUCAUACCAAAUAUCGUCCACUUUACAUGGUAUGGGAGUAAGAGGAAAAAUAUUUUCCGCUUCCACCACCUGAUAUCUGUUUUGUCUGCUCACAGAUUUAUUAAACCAUCGGUGAUAUAUUUCUGGUGCGAAUCGGUCCCCGAGGGAGAUUACUUCAAAGAAGCAAGGACCAAGGUUCCAGAACUGAAACUGGUGUACAGACUUCCGCCGACUGAGAUUUACGGACAGAGAGUGGCUGUUGCCGAACACGUCACUGAUGUCGUCAGACUGGAGGCUUUGAUGGAGUAUGGCGGCAUCUACUUCGACCUAGACGCCGUGGCCGUGAAGUCUCCGGACGACUUGUUACACUACGAAACAGUAAUGGGGUGGGAAUCACCGUCUGGGCUGUGCAACGGGAUCAUACUGUCUUCCCCGUGGGCGAAUUUCCUCAAGAUCUGGCACAGAGAGUAUUACAGCUUCCAGGAUAGAUUCUGGUCCUACCAUUCUGUGCGUCUUCCCGCUGAACUGACGAAGAGAUACCCCGGUCUUAUCCACACGGAAACGGCUUCUAUUAACAGGCCCAACUGGUCUCCCCAGGAACUAGCGAUGCUGUACAAGGAAGGUAACAUUUACGACUUCAAAACGAAGAAUUAUUUUGUACAUCUUUGGUUCAGACAACAUGGCGUGGAUCACAACCCACGUGACAUCCGCACGUGGAAUACAACGGUUGGUGCUCUUUUCCGCCAUGUCUACUACGGGGACGAUACGAUAUGGCCGUCCAUGAAAGACAGACAUUUUAAAUUUUAG